AUGCCUUGCCACUCAUUGGUCUAUCACUCCAUGGGCAGGUACCGCAGAGUGACCAACUCAUUGGAGGAUGCUUUACUCAGAAAUUCUGUCACUGCUCAGAAUAUUAAUGGAGCCUUUACUUCGAUCAAGAUAGACCCAGCCAUCAACUCUACAGGCCUCACAUCCAGGCUUCAGGUCUGUUCUCCUGGUCAGGAACCCAGCCAGCCAUCUGGCUUUUAUUACAAUGACAUUUGGACAUCGUUGGUCUGUCUGGGAAGACAUUUUCCCAGCCCAUCGGAUGCUCGUGCCUGCCUUAAUGGGAAGGACAUACACAUGUUUGGGGAUUCUACUCUACGCCAGUGGUUUGAGUAUCUGGAGAGAUUCAUACCAACCCUGAAAAGAAUUGAUCUGCAUGUAACUUACAAGUCUGGCCCGUUGCUGGCGGUGGAUCCAGAUGCCGGCCUGGUAAUGAGAUGGCGGGCCCAUGGACUUCCAUUGCGCACCUCCAAGACUAUGCUCUCUAACCUGCACUAUGAGGCAGCCCACCUGUAUGGGAUUGGGGGGGGACCCCAAACCGUAGUGGUCUUUACCCUCUGGGCCCACUUCAGCACCCACUCAGUUAGCGUCUACAUACAGAGGUUGUCAAGGUUACGGAGGGCGAUUUCCUCUCUGCUCUUCCGGAGCCCUGAGACCACUGUGCUGAUUAAGUCGGCUAACACCGGCUACAAAUCCAUUUAUGGCAGUGACUGGCUCUCCGUUCAGCUGGACUUGUUACUCAGAGCGAUGUUCAAGGGGAUGGCAGUCACUAUCCUGGAUGUUUGGGACAUGACCUCCUGCCAUUACCUGCCUGAUAAUAUCCACCCAGGAGCUCCAGUUAUCCGGAAUGAAGUGGACCUCAUGUUGUCCUAUAUCUGCCCCAGAUGAGCUCAU